GUCCCCUUCUCCAGGAGAUCUUCCCAACCCAGGGAUCCAACUCAAGUCUCCUAUGUCUCCUGCAUUGGCAGGCGGGUUCUUGACCACUAGUGCCACUGAGAAGCCUUUCCAGGUACUACCCUGUCCUUCCCCACACACACACACACACACAAAAGCAUUAUUCAAACUCUAGGAGGCAUUUGCAGUCAAUUUCUAUGAUGAUGAAAAGCUUUAAAAGUCCUUAUAGUCCUAUAAAGACAUUCAGGAAGAAACAUGUUUCAUGCUGGUUUUCUUUUAAAACUAAAGACUAGAUGAAUAUAUAUGGUUAACAGGCACACAACAUUGUUAGUAAUCAACUGUAAUAUGUUUUUUUUUUAAUUAGCUGGAAUACCAUGUUUUACUAUUUACUUAUCUUCACGCCUUCCUUUCUUGAGUCUGUUUUGCUGUGCUGACAUCACAAGCAGAAGGCUGGGGCUGGUCAUGCUUGAAUUGUGACAUCAGGAGCAAAACUGUGGGCAGUCUCAAGGAGGGGGUCCAACGCGAUAGGGGGACCACAGAACAGUAGCCAAAGGGAAAGGUGAGAAGGUGGUCGUCCAAUCCCGGGGGAUGUAAAGGGGUGGGGUUGGGGCGCACUGGGCUGGGAGUCCUCCCAGUAGCUGGUGACCUGGGGCCUCGCGCCCCCCACCCCAACGCGGGCCUAAGCACCCAAGUGUUCUCUUCCCUCCAUCCACAGGGCAGCAAGCCUCUGGCUCUCCUUGACAUGCAGAGAGUUUCGCGGCCAGUCCAGGACCAAGCCCCAGCCCUGCAGCCCACUGCCAAGCUCUCAGGAGCUCCCCAAGGCCAGUUCCUGAUGAAUGACAGCAGUCUCUGCACGCUGGAGGACCAAGUCCUCUGUCCCGUUUGCCUGGAGGUGUUCCGCAACCCGGUCACCACCGCCUGCGGGCACAACUUCUGCAUGAGCUGCCUCCAGGGUUUCUGGGACUACCAGGCCACCAUGGGCGAGCCCCUCUACUGCCCCCAGUGCCGGGAGAGCUUCCCCACACGGCCUCGCCUCUGCAAGAAUGUCAUCCUGGAGGAGAUGGUGACCUGUUUCACCCAGGCCAAGGGCCAGACCUUGGGGUCCUCACGGAGCCUGGCCGGGCCCAGGGACGUGCCCUGCGACUUCUGUGCUCCCGAGAAGCUCAAGUCCAUCAAGUCGUGCCUGCAGUGCAUGGCCUCCCUGUGCGAGAAGCACCUGCGCAGCCACUUAGAGGACCAGGUGUUCCAUGGGCACCAGCUGCUGGAGCCCGUGUGGGACCUCAAGAGCCGGCUGUGCCGCAAGCACCGCAAGCUCCGGCGGCUGUACUGCCGCACCGAGGGCUGCUGCGUGUGCGGGGCCUGCCUGCUGGAGGAGCACAAGAACCACGACACCAUCCCACUGGAGGAGGAGCGCGCGCGCAAGGAGGUCGAGGUUCGGAAGGUCCAGGCCAACGUGGAGAACCAGAUGUUGAUCAUCACCUCUGACAGCCAAAAGCACCGGGGCCAGGUGGCUUUUCUCUCGAAAUUGAUCCAGACGACUCGGGACGAGGUGAACGCCUGCUUCUCAGAGAUCAUCCAGGAUAUCAAACAGAUGCAGAUGAAAGUGCUGGAUUUCGUGGAGAAAGAGGAGGCUGCCGCCCUGGGGAAGCUGGGCGGCUCCAUCCAGCAGAGUCACAACCGGCUCCUGAAGCUGGAGGGGGACAGCAUCUGGCUCCGCAGCCUGCUUGCCAACCGCAGCGACCAGCAGUUUCUGCAGGCAAGGCCCCUCCCUACCCCCACCGCCCAGGCCCAUCGCAACGUCCACUGGGCUGCAGGGGCUUUGACAGCCCUAACUCAGAUGUCUGAAAAGCCAGGAGGAGGGGAGCAAGCUGUCUGGGUUUGA